AUGGGAACAGGCGAAAUGGCCGAAUCUGGCAACCCUGCGUCAAAGGGUGCAGCAGAAUUGGGCAAAAACGCCGAGAAGUCAAAAGGGUUCACGAACCCGGCAUUUCAAAUGAUGGGGAUUCGGCGAAUCAAGCUCCCCUCGCGCAACUGGACAAUAUUCGGAUGUGUUGUGUGUGCGCUUGUGGGUGGCGUAUUAUACGACAAGCAGAAGCAGAAGCAGCAGCGCGCCAAGUACAUGGCGUGCGUGAGCGCAGGGGGUGAGGAGCGCUACGACGCAUCGCGGGUUCCGCGCAAGGUGCGCAUCUACGCAGCGCCGCCGCCUAACGACUAUCUUAGUGAAACCAUGAAAUACUUUCGGAGAUUCGUAAAGCCGUUGUUAAAUGCGAGCGGAAUUGAUUUCGAACUUGUCACAGAAGACCGCCAGGGCAGAAUUCGCAGCAUAGUGGCAGAGGAAAUUCGAAAAUUGCGGCGGCAAAAGCUCGGGUUGCCGGAUAAAGCACCAGAAGAGGCCGCUGCCGAAAAGAGCAAGAAGGAGGAAAAAGACAGAGAAGAAAAGGAAAAAGAAAGCAAGAAGAGUCUCAUGAAUAUUAAUCCCAGCUUCGGGAUGGCGAUGAGCGGCAUUGGCGGACAAGAGAACACGAACGGGGAAACGGUGGAGUCGGAGUCGGAGAAAUUGGACGAGGACGGACAUCCGAUAAAGGCGGUGAAAGAUUUGUACGCCCCAGGCGAUGUCUUGGGGUUGAUGAAAUUCUUGAAAGACUCGCCGGAGAUUAAAGUGCGGUCGGACGAUGAGAUUGAAGGCAGUGCACGGGAUGCAGGCGGGAUUAUAUGCAUUGGUCGUGGCGCGUAUAAAGAAUAUAUAAACGGAGUUCACGAAGGACUUUUAGGCCCGGUGUAUGAACCGGAGAAUGUGAAGGCGGCGAAAGCGAAGGUGAUAGAGGAGCGGCGGAAGGCGGAGAAACCGGACAGCGAGCUUUCGGAGAAGCAGAGGAAGAGAAGAGACAAGCAGAGGGAAAUACAGGAGAAAGAGGAUCGGGAAAAGCCCGCCCCGCCGUAUAUAUUGCCCGAUCAGUACAAGGAGUCGGACAUUGCCCGGGAGUUGGGGAUUGGGAGUAAUCCCAGAGAUGAGAAAGGGCAGUACUAUUUUUUCCUGGAGCCCAUUUUGGUCUUACGGCUUUACACGGUGUCCGGGUUCACGAAAUUGCCCGAGAGAAUUCGCCGGUUUUACACGAAACGCCGGCAGCAGGUGGAUUACGGCGACCGCGUGAAUGGCCUGGUGGAAAAAAAAUACCGCCAGUUUUCUACCGGGGACGUGGACUGGGAGGCCGCCGAGGAGGGCGACUGGCCGGGCCCCUGGGUUAAGCGGGGCCGCGAGAAAAAGAGCGAGUGGUGCCGAGAGUUUAAGGUGGAUUCGCGGGUGGCAGAGCUUCUCGCCGUGUACGAAAAAGAGCCCAUCGAUCUUGACAGCGUGUCAGUCCCAGCGAAAAAAACGCCGGACAAAUGGGGCCGCAAGCCGUGGGUGUGA